UGUGUAGCGCGGAGCCCAGCAGCGGCGAGGCUGGUGUUGUGGAGUCUGAGACCAUGUCUUGGCCAGGAGUUGCUUGCAGCCGGCGUGACGUCAGGGAGCUUCCCCAGACUCCUGUAUAACGUUGCCGGGAGUUGGUGGCGGCUUUUCUCCAGCGCACACACACACACACACACACACACAUACACAUACACACACACACACAUACACAUACAUGCACACAGUCUACCCCGCCCUGCCCGCGCCUUCAGGUGGUGCCGCCGACUGAGCGAUGCGCAGAGCGGUGGCCGCGGGCUGAGCUCGGUGCAACAGACAUUCAGUCAGUCCCCGGACCCAAGGGUUGGUCGGAGCCAUGGCUGUCCGCGACAGCAUCCUGCCCAUCAGCGAGAUGUUGGCCGCCCCCUUCCCCGAGGUGGUGGAGCUGAACGUGGGAGGACAGGUGUAUGUGACCAAGCACCACACACUGGUCAGUGUGUCCGACUCGCUGCUGGCUCACCUCUUCUCCAAGAACAGCGUCAAGGUGCUUCCCAGGGACAACAGGGGCCGGUAUUUCUUGGACCGGGACGGUUUCCUCUUCAGGUACAUCCUGGACUAUCUGCGGGACAAGCAGCUGGUGCUUCCCGACCACUUCCCGGAGAAGGAGAGGCUGCUGAGGGAAGCGGAGCACUUCCAGCUGGGCGAACUGACCAGGGUUCUGGCCUCCAAGGUUAUGGUCAAGCAGGGCUCGGUGGCCGAGGAUGCGGCGCAAAGCGACGCGGAGGAGAACUCGCAGGGCAGCGAGAUGGUGCCCAAGGGCGGGACGUCCGACAAGAAGACUGGCUUCAUCACCAUCGGCUACCGGGGCUCCUACACCCUGGUGCGGGACAGCCAGGCCGACGCCAAGUUCCGCAGGGUGGCCAGAAUCAUGGUGUGCGGACGCAUCGCACUGGCCAAGGAGGUUUUCGGGGACACCCUGAACGAGAGCCGGGACCCCGAUCGCCCCCCUGAGAAGUACACGUCCAGGUUUUACCUGAAGUUCACUUACCUGGAGCAAGCUUUCGACCGGCUGUCCGAGGCGGGAUUCCACAUGGUGGCCUGUAACUCCACGGGCACGGCCACCUUCAUCAACCAGUACAGAGAUGACAAGAUGUGGAGCAGCUACACCGAGUACAUCUUCUUCCGAGGAUUGCAGAGGCCGGCCUCUCCGAAGUCCGAAUGUGAGAGCAGGAAACAGGAUAAGGGCGAGAAAGGAAUGGAAAGUGGGACCUCCUGCAACGAGCUGUCCACCUCCAGCUGUGAAAGCCAGUCGGAGGCCAGCAGUCCACAGGACAACGUCGCUUGUGCGUCACAGCCCGCAACAUCUCAGCCUAAUACCCUGACCCUGGAUCGGCCUCCCAAGAAAGCCCCCAUUCAGUGGUUGCAACAGCCCGACAAACGCAGAAACAGUGAACUUUUUCAAACACUGAUGAACAAUUCCAGAGAAAUGAGCCUCUGCAAAAAGAAAAUCAAUGAGAAGCUGAGCGCUGAGGACGAAAUGAAGAAAUGCAUCCAGGAUUUCAGGAAGAUCCAAAUUCCCACCCAGUUUCCAGAACGCAAGCGCCUGUGGCAGUCUGAACUAUUACAGAAAUAUGGACUUUAAAGUGGAAAAAGAAGACUUGCUGCAGCUUGAGUAAUGUUUGAAAUUAAGGGUUUGUGGUUCUCAUUCACCUGCAGUCUGUCUUAUUCUUCCUGCCCUAUCCAUUAAAUUGUGAUAAGAUUGCAAGUCUUGAGAAGCUGAUCGUGAAGAAUUUUAGUUUUUAGUCCACACCUGAGGUAUGCAUAAAAAAUUAACACAUUGGAUUUAAUCUACUGAGUGCUCGUGGGUUAGCUUAUAAAUUUGAUGUGGCACAAUGCAGUCUGAUAAAUAACAGUUGCAAAACUAAUGGAUUCUCCACCAGUGUAUCGAUGUGUCAGAAAUGGUUAUUCAUGGCCUUAAUGAUUGGAUGUGAUGCCUCUCGAAAACCUCAAAGGUUGUGUUCAGAGUUCCCUCCCUCCCAGAUCAGGGCAGCCAGUGGUAGUCAGCUGCAGUUCAGCUCCAUUUCAUGAAAACAAGUAAUUAGAACCAUUUUAAAGUUAAAAUCCACAAUUUGGUUGAAUAACUCUUUGAAUAUUUACUCCUAAUUUAGCAAUUUGAAUUACGGUGAAGACCAAAUGCCAACUUUUAGUUUAGUUUAGUUUAGAGAUACAGCGCGGAAACAGGCCCUUCAGCCCACCCAGUCCGCUCUGACCAGCGAUCCCCACAUAUUAAUGAUAUCCUACACACA